CCCAGAGUAGAAGCUGUCAAAAUAAGCAAACGUCCCAUGCGCUCUCGAUCCUGUGCAGACCGACCUGAGGAGCUUUUGGAACAGCUGUAUGGAAGACUCACAGCUGGCAUGCUCAGUGCCUUCCAUCACACCCUGCAGUUGGAGCCCCUGGAAAAUGACCAGAACAUCAGUUGUCCUGUGGGAGGCAGGCUAGCUACUGAUAAGACAUAUCGGCUCCCCAUCAAUCUCAACAGUGUCUCUCCUUGGUCCUACAGAAUCUCCUACGAUUCUACCCGGUAUCCGAAAUACAUUCCUGAAGCCUACUGCCUUUGUAAGGGCUGUCUUACAGGUGAUUACGGAGAAGAAAAUCUCCAUUUUCGAAGUACGCCAGUAUUCAUGCCGACUGUCAUCUUGCACCGAACCACAUCCUGCACGGGCGGCCGCUACGCUUACACUGAGGAUUAUGUCUCUAUUCCUGUGGGCUGCACCUGUGUACCAGAACAUGAAAAAAGAAGCACAAGUGAAUUCCAGCAUAGAUAAAAGAGCAGUAAAAUUGAUGGGAAAUCAGAAUAAUGACAAGCCAGCAUCCAAAUGAGGAAUGGAAAGGAGGCCAGAAACAAAGGAUGUUUCAGUUCAUGAUUUCUGUUUCGAAGAACUGCAAUGUCCACUUCCUGCAACAGAGUUCAUCUCAGUUAAUUUCAUAGAACUUGGGGUCAAUUGUAAUUAAAAUUGUCCUUUCUUUAAAAACAGUGGAGUUUGCAAGAUGCCUUUUUCCUCAUAAAUGGAGAUGUGACAGAUCCUGGGGAGUUGCAAUAUUGAAAUGCUGGGGGACACUUACAUUGAAGCAUUUUAAGGUAUGUAAAAGUGCUACAUAACCAUUCCAAACUUCAGUGCUUUGUUAUGCAAAUACUCAAAAUAUGCUGAGCAGGGAUGCAGCAUUGAUUUUUGUGUAUAAUAAAAUCUAGGUUCAACAGAUUUUGGAUAUAAUGGACAAAUUCUUCAUUUGAAUUGUUUACCCAUCAAAUCACGCUUUUAUUGAAAAAUAUGCUAUUUGUAUCAAUUACAUAACACCCGGGACAUACAUUGAUGCAAAUGACAAAUUCAGAUUUAACAAACACUCAGACUUAAUGCAUGCCCCUCCCUACUCGGGUCUAUGAAGUCAGUGUUUCAUUGCAUUUUUCCUACAUCAUUACAGAAUGCAAGUGAGGGCCACUGAAAUGAAAGUGAGAACAAUAUAAAUGAAUAAUUAAAACAUUUUUCAAAGAAUGCUGAAAAAUUAGCUGUGCAUCUGCAACUGAUUUUUAAAAAAAUGUAAGUAGCUUUGACUUGGUAUUUAGAAUCUUAUAUUCUGGAAUUACAACAUUAAAACUGUUAUAAAAGCUAUUGAAUACAUUAAGCAUGCUGGUGGCUACAAAUAUACAUGCUUUUUAAAAAGGGACUCAAUAAAUAUAUAGAGAAUAGAUCUGUCAGUGCCUAUUAAUCCUGGUUGUUUAUUGCCUCAGGCAGAAAUGUACUAAAUGGGUUGUGGAGUUGCCAACUAUACAAAUAUUAAGUACUUAUCAAUCAAUGUUCAUAGAAUAAAUAACCAUUGUUUAAAAACAUUCAGAUUUGGGUUUUACUUUAAGUUUGGAUUUAUAUCCUAAUCUGGCAUAUACUAGCCAUAGCUCUGGGAACACAGUGAUCCAUCCGUCAGAGCAAAUAUCGCCAUCCACACUACAAGAGAUGACCUCAAUCAGGCAAUCUUCAGCUACACUGCAGAAGCUGGCCAAGUCCUGAAGAGCCCCAAUUUGGAGAAAGCUGACUGUGACAGAAGUUGCUUUGCA